GUUUUUAAGCAACGAUUUACACCAACCGGUUCUGUGACAAUGGUUUGCAAGACAACUGGAAAAUUGCUUGUAUAUUUGGUCGUCUUCCUGGGCCUGGCAUCCAAACUACUCGUAGAAGGAGUAUUCGUGUUUAAAUCUUUGGCGUCGCCAGGCUACAGCUGGGGGUUUAAUGACGAUGGAAUUACUACUCUGAAAAAAGGCUUCGGCAUUCGCUGCUUCCGCGUUCUACCGGGCUUAACUGGACACCAGACGACAGUCUCAUUCGAGUCCAAGGACCACCCCGACUAUUUCCUCUGCAACGUGAACUCGGUGCUCAAGUUGGUGAAAAGACCACAUGUCGAUCGCCAUCAUAGAUUUGCAAGGCAUGCUAGUUUUAAGCCCACUGUUGGUUUCUGGCACGCUGGAUAUACCGUAUACGAGGCAAUGACACGGUCAAAUUUUUAUAUUCGCCAGUCAAACUUUACUCUGCGUGUAGAGAAAUACGAUGACACAGAGAAAUUCCGCCAAGAGGCCAGUUUCAGGACAGAGCUUGAAAGCAACUGUGGUUUUACCUCUCUAUAUAAUUUUACGUAACGUUCUGACCAGCGUCUCAAUAUCUCAAGCCAUUUAAUUCUACAAUGUACGUAAUUCAGGUAUUCUUACAAUAAUACCUUCAGUACAUUUUGAACAGUGAUGCUGUUAUAUUGUUAAGCUAUUAGCUUUGUAAUUAAAAGCUUUGUGUGUACCGCAAAAUAUAAAGCUUGAUCGGUCUGAUAUCACGUGCAAUGUUAUUAAAAUCAAGGAAUCAAUAUAUCAUAUUAUUAUGAUUAUGUAUAAUAUAUUUAUUUUGGGGUGUGUCUGAAGUGAUUGAUUCCCAAUAGCUGGUAGAUCAAUUUUUAGGAAGGAGAC